ACGUCUGGCCCAACUCCCUGCCCCGCUUCCCGCGAGCUCCCUCCAUAGCCCAGCGCCCUAGCGCGGGUCCAACGUUCGGCGGGGCGGGACUUCCGGGUCGCUUUGCCCUCUUCGGAAAUGACGUUGGCGUGUCAACAUGCAAGAUGGCGGCGCAUCACCGACAGAAUGCGGCCGGGCGCCGGAAAGUGCAGGUUUCCUAUGUGAUUAGAGAUGAGGUAGAAAAGUAUAAUCGAAAUGGGGUAAAUGCACUCCAGCUGGAUCCAGCAUUAAACAGACUCUUCACAGCGGGUCGAGACUCUAUAAUAAGGAUAUGGAGUGUCAAUCAGCACAAGCAAGAUCCUUAUAUAGCAUCUAUGGAACAUCACACCGAUUGGGUAAAUGAUAUUGUACUUUGUUGCAAUGGUAAAACAUUGAUAUCUGCUUCUUCGGAUACUACUGUUAAAGUUUGGAAUGCACAUAAGGGAUUUUGCAUGUCAACACUAAGGACGCAUAAGGAUUAUGUGAAAGCCUUAGCAUAUGCAAAAGAUAAAGAACUGGUAGCAUCUGCCGGGCUGGACAGACAAAUAUUCCUCUGGGAUGUAAAUACUCUCACAGCACUGACUGCCUCAAACAACACUGUCACAACUUCUUCCCUGAGUGGGAACAAAGAUUCCAUUUACAGCCUUGCAAUGAAUCAAAUGGGAACAGUAAUUGUAUCGGGGUCCACUGAGAAGGUUUUAAGGGUUUGGGAUCCAAGGACUUGUGCAAAGCUGAUGAAACUUAAAGGGCACACGGAUAAUGUAAAAGCUUUGUUGUUGAACAGAGAUGGGACACAGUGUCUUUCAGGAAGUUCUGAUGGAACUAUUCGUCUAUGGUCCCUUGGCCAGCAAAGAUGUAUAGCCACUUAUCGAGUCCACGAUGAAGGUGUUUGGGCUCUGCAGGUCAAUGACGCCUUCACUCAUGUUUAUUCAGGAGGAAGAGACAGGAAGAUUUAUUGUACAGAUUUACGAAAUCCUGAUAUCCGUGUGCUCAUCUGUGAAGAAAAGGCACCAGUUCUUAAGAUGGAACUUGAUAGAUCAGCUGAUCCUCCGCCAGCCCUUUGGGUUGCAACAACUAAAUCCUCUGUGAAUAAGUGGACUUUGAAGGGAAUUCAUAAUUUUAGAGCUUCUGGGGACUAUGACAAUGACUGUACCAAUCCUAUAACACCUCUUUGUACACAGCCUGACCAAGUUAUCAAAGGGGGUGCUAGUAUUAUUCAGUGCCACAUUCUUAAUGACAAGAGACAUAUAUUAACCAAAGAUACAAAUAAUAAUGUGGCAUAUUGGGAUGUAUUAAAGGCAUGUAAAGUUGAAGACCUUGGGAAAGUAGAUUUUGAAGAAGAAAUUAAAAAGAGAUUUAAAAUGGUGUAUGUGCCAAACUGGUUCUCAGUAGACUUAAAAACUGGGAUGUUGACAAUUACUUUAGAUGAGAGUGACUGCUUUGCAGCUUGGGUCUCAGCAAAAGAUGCUGGGUUUAGCAGUCCAGAUGGAUCUGAUCCAAAAUUGAAUCUUGGAGGGCUUCUACUACAAGCUCUUCUAGAGUAUUGGCCUAGAACACACAUCAAUCCAAUGGAUGAAGAGGAAAAUGAGAUAAAUCAUGUGAAUGGUGAGCAGGAGAACAGAGUACAGAAAGGAAAUGGAUACUUUCAGGUGCCACCACAUACACCAGUUAUCUUUGGUGAAGCUGGAGGACGCACUUUGUUCAGAUUAUUAUGCCGGGAUUCGGGUGGUGAAACUGAAUCUAUGCUGCUUAAUGAAACGGUGCCACAAUGGGUAAUUGACAUCACUGUGGAUAAAAAUAUGCCCAAAUUCAAUAAGAUUCCCUUUUACCUUCAACCUCAUUCAUCUUCAGGGGCAAAAACGUUAAAAAAAGACAGAUUGUCCGCUAGUGACAUGCUGCAGGUCAGAAAAGUGAUGGAGCACGUUUAUGAGAAAAUCAUAAACCUGGAUAAUGAAUCUCAGACAACUAGCUCCUCCAAUAAUGAAAAAACUGGAGAACAAGAAAAAGAGGAGGAUAUUGCUGUGUUAGCAGAAGAAAAAAUUGAACUCUUGUGCCAGGACCAGGUUUUGGAUCCAAAUAUGGACCUUCGAACUGUUAAGCACUUCAUUUGGAAAAGCGGUGGUGAUCUGACACUUCACUACCGACAGAAAUCAACGUGAAAGGAUAUGAUGGACUCAAAUGGUUGUUCAUUUACUUGACCUUACUGUACUGGUUCCAAGAGUAGUGCUAUAGAAGCCCACUGAACCCUAUGGUAGAUGAGACUUCUAAUGACUCAGUCUGGACGGAGUGUAUGCAUUUAAUAAUUGAAAUGACUAAUAGAUCUGUAAUAUAGAGAAAAAAAUCUAUAUGACUUAAACUAAAAUCUGUCCUAGUCAAGACAGAACAAGUAAAAUGAGAAGUCCCUAGUGGUUCAUGUUAUGUGAGAUGUACAGAGAACAAAUGGUAAUCCAGUGCAGACUUUUGCUUCCUUCUUGGGGUUUUUUUCCAAAGCAUUAAAUCUUCAUCUGCUCAUGCUUGGUAUGAUACACUGUUUUGGCCAUAUUAGUCACUGUGUUCAUAAUGUAAUUCAGAACUGCACACACUAUAUUUUUAAUACAUUCCAUUCAUCUAUUACCUGCAAUGAUUUUUCACAAGUCAUUCAUAAAAAUAAUUUAUACCCAUUAGCUUUUGGUGUUUGAGAUUUCUUUGUUACACACUUGAAAGUAGUAGCCCAUUUAAUUGUAAGUCAAAUGUUAACAUAAUUAGAAUUUUUUUACUACUGCAUUUCAAACAUUCUUAGAGAGUUAUUGACAUUCAGAUUAAGAACACUAGAGAAAUAUUAUUACAGGGCUAGUCCAGUGAUGCUGUGCAUCAUAAUAGAAUAAACAUGUUUUGCAAAAUUUAAUAGAUUUUUUUUUUUAAAUAUAGUUCUUCCUGCACUGUGUUCUUGUUUUAAAGACACGCUAGUUGGAAUUCCAGAAAUCUGUACUCUCUUCUUAUGUGCAUUUUGUUAAAACUUAAGACCAUUAUGAAAAUUAAGUUUAUUUGGGGAUGUCAGACUACAGAAGCUUCUCAGCAAAUUUCAUAUCCAUGAUAUAAAAGUAUUUGUAUUAUUUUCCCAAGUUUUAUAUGCAAAUUCUCUUACAGGUGUACACAUCUUCUUUUCCCAUUCUUCCUAAAAAUGUAAGGCUUUCAUAUAUUCAUAACAACCUUGUUGAAAGUUUAACAUUCUCAGUGUGGGGAGGAAACACUUCAGCUUUUGGAACAAAAAUUUAGGACUGUCCCAAGACUAUUUGUAACUGUAAAACAAAUUAGAAAUCCUCACCACAAAAUUGUGUAACACAUAAAUUGUCUGAAACAGAAGCACAAGUGCCUUCAGAGGGCAGUAUAUUUAUUCAGAUUUCUUCAAGAGACGUGCUCUUGCCCUUCCUAUGUUUUGCUGUCAAGAUUCAGGAUGGAGCCUAUAGAAAAUCCCAGGUACAUUAUUGGAAUUUUAUAUUGAUCAAACUGAAAAAAAUAUUCACUGUCAUAUGUUUGAAAAAUAUCCAAAUACAUUACAACCUUUAAACAAGAGGGUAUGGUUAAGAAUUAAGCUAGCAUGUCUUUUUCCCUUACUUGAAAGUUAAAUUUAAUUUAAGCCCCAUUUCUGUGCAUACUCCAUUUGACACAAUUGUGCUAUAUUGCACAUUUUUAGUGAUAUUUGUGAAUUAAAUGGUUUAGCCGAACUGUAACUUUUAUUAAUAAAUUGUCCUGAAUUGUAUUUAUUAAUAGCAGAGGUCUAUGCUUUGUUCUAAUAGACAGUGAUUCUUUCUGGUUGUCUUGCUGUCCCUUUGUAUACAUUGUAACUGCUCCCAGCUUGUUAAUUCAGGUUUUUUUGUCUGAAAACAGCCAAGGUUACUCUUCUAACCAUCCCAAUAAUGCAGUUUCAGGAAAGAUUGAGGGAGUCUGCAAUGCCAAAAGGGUAAAUGAUCUGUAUUUCACAGUUAUAUAGAAUAAAAGGCUUUACUUAAAAUAUUUA